GAUAAUUGUUGCCCUCCACACCAAUUGGAUUACUUAGAGGAGGUCGACAAAAUUAUAAAAAAAACUAUUUUUUUUUUUUUAACAAACAAUUUGUUAAAAAAUAUUACGAAAAUGCUUGUCGAAGAAAUGCCGCGUAGUUUUGUGAAAAAGAACAACAGCUACAGUCACUGUCCGUUGAAAAAACGGCCAGUGCACGUGUUGUACGAGGAAGUUCCUGAAUCUGUCAAAGAUGAAAUAAUCGACGUAGUGACAGACGACAUUCCCGAGCCAGAAAACCUGAGCACAAAACCAGAAGACUUAAGCCGAUCUGCUGAAAAACAAAGAUCAGUAUCUAGAUCGCCGUCACCUUGUGCAAAAGUACCCCGUCAAUCACUUGAACAGUGCUCGCCGUUACGUGGUUCAUCGGUGCAAUUGCCGCCGACGCACCACCAGUUCUACCCGUCAAAACCAAUCACUCCACCAGCAGGAAUUGCUCCAGUGCACCAAAUCGUUAAGAAAGAACGGGUUGAAGUGAUACAACACGACGGUGGUUCAUCAUCAGCAGCUCACUAUCUGAGCAAGACACCCCUGGAACCGCUAAAUCUGAACACUCCAGUGGAACCAGUUGCUCAUUACGCGACUCCAGCUUGGACCCGCGCAGCACCACUUUAUCCACCACAUUAUCUGCCAUACUCACCAGCGUACCGAUUCCAGCAACCAACCGCUGAAUUGUACCCAUCAUACCCUCUGGCAGGAUACCACCCGCACUCAUCACCAGAACACGCUUCGCUGUCACCGCCACCUCACGCUGCUCUGACCUGUCCGACAAUUCAGCGACCAAUUCCACGAAGCUACUGGACAGCUUCCAGCCCAGAUCAUUGCACCCUGUCGCCAACCAGCACCAUGAGCUACGGACCUCUGAGAUCGCCUCCGCCAGUUACUCCCGAAGAUUUAUCAUCCCCUGGAAGUGACAGUGGUCGUUCUAGUGCCGGUAGCACGUCAGCCGGGUCAAUGAUGAUGAAAAUCGAGUCCACUGGGACGAAUAUCGCCAGUCCACCGUCAGCUGCGUCGAACAAUCCUUCUUCACCAAGGUACCAGUGUCCUGAUUGUGGCAAAUCUUACUCCACCUACAGCGGACUGUCAAAACACCAACAGUUCCACUGUGCCGCCGCUGAGGGACAAACUAAAAAAUCUUUCUCGUGUAAAUACUGCGAAAAAGUUUACUACAGUCUUGGUGCUCUUAAAAUGCACAUCAGGACACAUACGUUGCCGUGCAAGUGUCAUUUGUGCGGUAAAGCAUUUUCACGACCCUGGUUACUUCAAGGACACAUAAGAACCCAUACCGGUGAAAAACCAUUCAGUUGUCAACAUUGUAAACGCGCUUUUGCUGAUCGCAGCAAUUUACGUGCUCAUUUGCAAACUCACAGCGAUGUCAAAAAAUACUCGUGCAGUUCGUGCAGUAAAACAUUCAGCAGGAUGUCACUUUUGACGAAACAUCAAGAGAGUGGUUGUCCUGGUAUUAAUGUACCUAUUGGUUACAAUUUGUAA